CACUGUGUUAGACAUCUUAGACCAUUUCAGUGAAUGACAGACAUAUCUGCUGCUACCACGUUACUGUCCUGUCAGCUUACUCGACACUACCUUAUCUUGAUGUGCCUUUGGCCAUACACAGCUCUUACAGAGAACCUGCUGAAAACACAGUCUUCAGACCAGGUUGAGGGGAUAGAAAAGCUCUACUCGGAAGUCUCUCGCCUGGAGGAGUGCCCCAAAGUACCAGAUCCACAGGUAGAUAGUUCAGAAAUGUAUUGGGGAAAAAAAUCAAAGAAAUAUAAAACAGCAACAACAAAAUUUAUAUUAAAUCCAUGACAGAGAUAGGUGCAGUCAUCAAUAUAAAAUGUUAUAACUAUAACUCUUGUAAAGCAGGGUUUCAUUUAGUACUUGAUCACUUUACAGCUUGAGGAGUGUGCCAUCCAGCUGUGGAACUGGGCUGUUACCAGGAAUGUGGGAAAUACUCUAAGCAAAAAUCAGAAAGCCAAAGGUACACUUGUACUCACAGUAUUAAUUUACAUUACCAUAUCACUGACCAUCAUUGAAUUGUUGGUAAUAUUGUGUGAAAUGUUGAGACAAUUUUGGAAUUUCAAGCAAAGGUAGUCACGAUGGUGUUAUGUCAUGUUCAAAUGUUGUCUCUGUCCUCACAGUGCGUCAUGUUGCAUGCACUAUACUGUACUGCUGUGAGCCGGGAAAUCCAACAGAGGGUGCCAUUCGCAAGCAGAUCCUGGUGAGCAAUACUGCAGAGUGUGCUUUCUGCCAGGACUCUACAUUUCAUGAGGACAAGUUCUUUAAGUAUGAGUCUGAUCUUUACAGAUGGCCAGCAAAACAGGGAGAACCUGGCUAGACUGCAAAAAUACCCAGAUGGCAGACUACUUCUUAAGUCUUGCUGUCAAGGUAACAAAAAAAAAAAGGCUAGUGAAAUGAUCCCUUUUUUUUGGCAUAGUAUUGAGCAAACAAUUUUCCUAGGGCCUGGAAACUCUCUAUGGCUAUCUAACUACCAGAGGUGACGGAGCAGCUGAUAUUGCUUCAUUAAAAGCGGAUGUAGAAAAAGAUCUCCUCCGAGUCCUCUCAUGCCAGGCAGAAUCGGUGAGCUGUGGCUCAUGUGAUGUUCAACACCUUCAAUGUGAAUAUUUGUUCUUGUGAUAUUUGGCAGCUGAUGAAGUGCUGUUCUGACAGACUUGCAGUGUGAAGUGUGAGACAGCUAAAAUGUGAUCUGAGAAACAAUGAGAUGGGAAAAUCUCAUUUUGUGCUGAUAGAGAAUGUGAAUGCUGACAUUUAACUGGAAGCUGAAGUCUCUUCUUUGCAGGCUCUAAUUCAAGAGAAAAACCAUGAAGCUGUGGCGAACAUGCAGCGCUGUAAAGACAUGUUGACGCGGCUUCCCAAAGAUGUAAAAACAAGCCUCUUUGCUAUCAUGAUUACAACUCUAUGUGUUAUUGUCUCACAUCUAUAUUACCAUUUAAAGUGAGGGGGAUGUCAACUGUUAUGUGUUUUUAUUGUAGACUGCAUAUAUUUCCCUCAUGUGCUACAACUUUGGCGUUGACACUUACAAUCUGAAGAAGUUUGAGGACAGCGUAUUUUGGCUGAGGUUAAUAUUAUGCUGAAUUAUAUCACACUUGCAAAUUCAAACGGCAUCUGGACUUGGUUGAAGUUCCUGAGGAUUGUUUUGCAAAAGGGUUUCUUCUUUUUUUUCCAGCCAAAGCUAUGAUAUUGGAAAAAUGAAUAUGAAAUAUGGUCCUAGACCUGAAGUCAAGGUAAAACAGUGCACUAUGUUUCACACAAGCAAUGGGUGACAUAUUUUUUGACACCCUGUUUCCCUCACAACAGGCAAAGGUUUUGAGGCUCCUAGCCACCGUUUAUAUUGAGUGGGACUGUCAGAGGUUUCAGGAGAAAGCUCUUAAUGCUGUCAGCCUAGCCAACAAGGUGGGAUACCAGCUAUUAUUUUCAAAUAGUAGCAUUAAUCAAAUUAGGAUUCAUACCGUAACCUAUAGUAGAUCUGAGAUGCUCUGUAGCUAAUGGCAGUUUGCAAUUUGACAGGAGUCUGUGAGUGCAUCUGGGCUGUAUUUGAAGAUCAGAAUACUUCUGAAAUGUGGGGCUUCAGAUGAUCAUAUCAGAGCAGGUAAAUCAUUUAUUGAUCUCAUGAAAUUAUUAAUCCAGUAUUUUAUCAUUAUGGGUAGAUGGAAGGUGUAAGUGGUUGAGAGAUGAAAUGAAAUUUAGCAAGAUUCUGUAAAAAUAAAGUUUUAAAGAAAGUAGUUUGAUGAGCACACCUUCACAAAAAAAGAAAAUGUUUUAAGUGUCUGCAGUGAACUUACCUGCUUUUAACUUUGAGUUUGUGAAUGGACAUGCAGGUUUAAAUGCACUUUUUAAAACAAAGAUUUAAAACACAUGUUUGUAGGAUUACAUGAGAUGCUGGAAUCGAAGGUUCCUCUUGAUGUGUGCCUGAGCACAGUGAAACUACUCAUGUCAGAGGACAGGUAAAGAUUUUAUGCUUUAUGUAGAUUACCUAAAGAAACAAUCCACAAUACUGGGCUAAUAUUCUUAGAGGGAUGCUCAGAGGUGUAUUUUUUGACUCUGAAUAAUAUUUGUUUUGAUUUCCCAGAGAAGUGCUGGCAUUUGAGUAUUUGAAACGUGUGUGUCAGCACUUUGAGUCGGCCCCUGACCUGGGAACUGCGCUUGUAUUACAUAUCGAGCUUCUGCUGCAGAAAGGGAAGGAACUGUUGGCAAAACAGAAGAUAGAGGAUAUUAUCAGUGGUAAUUUACUUGUGUAUUACAGAUCUGGAAUCAGAGUGAUGAAUGAUGUAUUUUAGAGAAAUGCAUGCAUUAGACUGUAGAGAGCCCCUGUAUAAGCACUGCCAUUUUUUCUCCCACACAGGCCAUUAUACCGGAAAACAGCUGACUCCACAUGCUCUCUCAAGUCUUCAUGUAAUACUGUGGGACAAAGCAUCAAAAUACUUUGAGGUCUGACAAACACAGUCUUGUUUAUACAGUUAAUAAUAAUUAUUUACACAUUAUAGCAUUUGAGUAGCACUGCUGCAGCUGCAUUGCUGCAAGUUGGCUGUUGACAGUUCACCUAUCUACGUGGACUGUGCAAUUUUUGGGGGUUUGCAUUGAAUUGCUUUGCAUCCUAUAGUUUCAUUAAAAAAACAUUCUCAGAUGUCUUACAGUGUCUUUGUUGUCCCUUAUCUCUGCACUGUGGCACACCACUUCUCUCAUACAGUGGUCCAGAUAUUUACAAUGCAGAGGUUUGUUUUCCACACAGCUUUCAAUUACAUUUUACUCAGUAAUCUGGAUUUCUUCCAAGGUUGGCAACUACUCUGAGGCUCUCCAGUGGUACAACUACUCACUGAGUUUCUUCAAAGCUGGUCAGAUGGAACCCAACUCAGCAAAACUUCAGAGGAACAGAGCUUCCUGUUUCCUGAAGCUCAAGCAGCAUGAGAAGGUGAAACACUCAAGCCCCUGAGCAAGUCAGAAAAAUAACUCACCAAAGAUCAGCAGAUGGAUUUGUAUUUGUAGAAAGUAUCGCUUCCAUAUUUUGAACAGUUUUAUAUUGUAAACAGUAUAUUUCAUACAUGUUGUAUGUGCUCAAAAAUGCAUUUUUCAGGCUAAAGAUGCGAUAAAAGAAGCAGAGAGAUGUGACCCCGACAACAUUUUCACCCAGUUCGGUGUUUACAAGAUUGCAGUGCAGGAGAACAAUGUGGAGAGAGGUAUCUAAAACACAGUAAAAGCUUGUGUACUUACUAGUAGUGUUGGUAUUUAAUCACAGCUAUAUUUUCAGCAUAUUCUCUGUGGUUAAAAGGCUGUUUAUUUUUGCCAGCUGCAGAGGCAGUGAAUGCAAUGGGACUUCUGUCCAGGUGUCCUGUGUCCACUGAGGACAGACUGUUGGUAUCUGAGAACGCUGCUUUCAGUCUCCUCAGUCUGGCUGCUCAGAUUGCUCUAGAGGUACGGCUCAUCACAGGACUCACUACUCAGCGUUCAGGACACUCUGUUGGAUAAAAACAAAGAGCUGGGGUCAGAGAUGGAGCAUUAUUGUAAACCAUUUCCCCAAGAAUAUGCACACAAACAAAAAAGUAAACAAACAUAAAUGUUGAUUUUCAGUUUUAAAGUAGCAGUUAGCUUCUUUGUGUGAAUAAUCAAAGCUUUAUAAAAUUGGCGCAUAAGAAAAAAACAAACAGCUCGGUGGGAAAUCCCUUUCUUGGGCUUCUCUCAGCCAGCUGGACAGCAGGCAGCUUUCAAUCAUUUUUCAGGGAAAGGUUUGUACUUUUUUUUUUUUUUUUUUAAUGGAAAUGUGUUGGUGUCCUUGUUUGAGUGUACCGUUUUAUUAAAACUGCCAUGAGUAAUAGGUAUUAGUAUUCAUUAUAAGAAUAUAUAUUCAUUGUGACAGAAUGAACAACAGGAAACUGCCAUGAAGGCACUGGAGAGCUUGUGUAACAACUCUGAAGAUGAGGCUCAGGUUCUGGCUGCUCUCAGGUUUGUAAGCAUUUCAGUGUGCUUCACGAGAAGACUUGUUUAGAGUGACUAUGCUUACAAACACACGGUCUACAUUUUGGUUUUCGUUUGAACAAUAUUCUGAAUAAGUGCUAUUUACAACUUGUUUUACUGCUUAAUAAUCCAGUGUUCAUGCUCUGAGACUGUGUAAUCCAACUAUUAUGCUAAAGGUUUGAAUGUAAAGCGACAACAGUCAGUACUGAUAUCUAUGUAGAGAUGUCUGAGGAGCUGAGAGAUUGUAGCUAGUCAGUUUUUCCAGACACCUCUAUGAUCCACUGACCUAUAUUCCCCCUGCUUCCUCUCUGAAAGUGUGUUUCCGGAUAAUACAGUUAGUAGGUGAAAAAAGGAGGUCAGCACCACUUUCUCCAUUCAUCUUUUUUACAGGUGUUUGGUUCGACUUGUGCUCUCAACAAUAGAAAAUUCAAGCGAUGACACCAGGUGAGGGGAGGGGAAGGCACACGAUAGGGGUCGAUUUUUAAGUUUUGCUGAUGCUUCUUUUGACAAAAAUUAAACCUCAGACUUUCAUGUUGCAGAAAUGUUGAUGUUCUGCUGCCUUAUUUAAAAAUGGGUGAGUACAUGUGCAACAACACGAGAAAGUAUCUUCUCUGCAGUAUCAGCUUUAAGCGAUAACCUGACUAAUGUUUGUGAUCAUGCAGCUCUGGAGAAAGUUUCAUGCCAGUCUCGCAUGACUGCUGAGCAACGGGCAGAGGAAGCUAACUGGUUCAGAAAGAUUGGUACUUAGACUCUUUCUCUCCUUUGUUCAUUCAAUGGGCCGUGGUUUGCUAGCUAUCAGUUCAAAUCGUGCUGCACCUUCACUUUGUCUGUGUGAGUGUGCGUGUGUAUCUUUGUUUCAGCCUGGAACUCAGCUCUGCAGUGUGAAAGCAGCCCUGACAGAAUGAGGGACUUCUUUGUUCUCUCUUACCAGGCAAGUGCCCGAAUUCGCUUUGUCAGGUUCAUCAGUCAAUAUCUAUGGUAUAGAUUGUUGGGUGUAGAUCAAUAUCGCCUGUACGAGGAUUUACCUUUCCUUUAGAAAAAAUAAGCACAUCACUUAAGAUCAAGAAUAACAAUGACCCUCAGUGAUCCCAUCUUAAUAGUUAGCCUUGAACUAAGUCUUUUGGACUUUACCUAUAAUAGAAAACCUGUAACUGCACAUUGAUUUUUAACCCUUUGUUCCCUCACUUGUUAACUGGAUGCUCAAACUUGAUCAAAGUACACCUAUCUAUGCCAGAGAUCACACUUGUUAACUUGAAGAUGCUCAGUAGUUUUACUGAGACUUGAGGAUGGGCUCCUUUAUCUGAAGAAAUACUUGAUUUGUUCUUUGCGCUAUUUUUAGUUCACAAGCCUCUCCCAUCAUUGAUAACACUUCUGAUAAGUAUCCAAGUCAUCCUCUGCUGUCAAAGACUGGUUCCUCUGCAAAAUGUGAAUGCAUGUCAAUCUCUAGCUCUCCCAGCUCUGCCCUCCUGAUCGCACCCUGCUCAUGGGACAGAAGACAUGUCUGUUAAUGGCUGCUGCUGCAUCUCUGGAGCUCUGCAGGAAGUCUCCUCACUCUGCCCAGGUGUGCCCACCCACACGCUCUGACCCAUCUCCCACAUAUAGCACGCACUACAUCCACAUAGAUGGAAAUGUACCAAGACCAGUGGAGAAGAGAGGUGACUAACCACAUUAUUGGCGCCGGCGUAGGUGUUUCAUUUUUAUCCCUCUGUCUUUGGAGAGGACCCAACACUAGAUGGUGCUGAUGAAACCAGAAUGCUUGUUAUCAUUAAGUCUGCCUGGUUUCACAGACUGACGCGCUCAUUCAGGCUCUGGAGCACAUUCAGAUAUGCCGGGAAAUCUGGAAAAUCCUUAAGGCAUCAGGUAUCUGUUACAAUAUUAGAAAAAAAAUGUAAAUAAAAUAUUUUAAGCUGCACUUUUCACUUAUGAAUCAAAAUGGAGAUUACAUUAACUCUCAACAAGUAUUUACCCCCAGGAAACUUUCCCAUGGACCCAACAGACACACUGCUGCUGUUGUAUGAGUUUGAAGCCCGUGCUAAACUGAAUGACCCCAAGGUUGAGACAGUUCUUGAGUCAGUGUUGGAGCUCGAAAAUAUUGAUGUGAAGGUGCUUGAAACCAUUGCAGGUAAAAAAAAAAAGUGUUAUUUAUCUCUGAAACGUGUGAAGAAACGGAAACACUCUAAGAGGAAAUGUCAUCACACUGGCAUCUCUUUAUUUCUGCAUGCAGCUUUAGCUAUGGAGCCUCCUGCCCACUUCCCUCUGCUGUGUAAGAAGGCCUUGAGAGUCGCUCUCUCUCUGCACAAGAAACAACCACAGGCCGACCUGGCCCGCUGCAGGUAUACCCAUCAGUACUCUGCAUGAAAACACCCAUGACAUUUCAUCACUGAUCCAUUCCCACAAAGUGCUCAUUAGGCUGAAAAGGCUUUCUUCCUGUGUCUUUUUUUUUACGCUCCUGUCUUAGCAAGUGUGUUCACAGCCUGAUCAAACUGUCCCUCCCAAGCGGUGUGUCAGAGGUAGAGGCCCAUGUGCUGGAAGAGGUGUGGGACUACUAUGAGGAGGCCUUGUCCAUCAUUGCAGCCGCAGUGAGUCAGCACCAAUCACAUGCUCCUAGUCCCUUGGCUCCUACCUCUUUCCUCCAUCAGAGCUGCUCCCUGCCAUAUAAUUAACCCUUUCUUUUCCACUCCAUGCUCGCCUGCUGUUCUGGAAGCCUCUUUUUAUCAAUGGGCUUUCAGCCGCACUUCAAUUAGCAGAUGCUUCCUACACCACCCCCUUCCUGCCAAUUUGGAUGUUAAUGUGCUGUACAAGUCAUCACACUGCCGGUGAGCAGCAGCUCUGAAAGAGGCAGCAAAUUACACUGCUUUAGAGGCAGGGCUUAUUUCCCCUUUCAUAUUCACUUAUUACUCGAAAGCUGUGGAAUUCUUUGGAUCAAAGUGAAAGCCUGAGAUUAGAGUGUUGUGAAAAGCGAAGGAAACUUCGGAAAUGAUAGACAUUUGGGUUUGUUUACGGCCUGUAAAAGACUCAUAGUACAGGUUAACAUACAGUAGAGCAAGAACGUGUGAAAGUUACUCACAGGCUUCACCCUCAAAAAUACGUUGCCCUCCAAAAGCUUGGUUUGAGUGAGGCACCCAGGUGGCCUCCUUUUAAGUGUCUUCUGAAUGUCUUCCUGCUCCACUCUGCAGCCAGACGACUUUCCAGAGAUGGAGACUCUAUGGUUGCUGACACGGGCGUGGAACACAGGGAUACUGCUGUACAGUCUGGCCCAGUACCCAGAGGCUGAGAAGUGGUGUGGCCUCGCCAUGAGCUUCGUCCGACACCUGGGAUCCUUGCAGGACAGUUACGAGAGACAGGUACAGGGCUAGUGGAGAAGAAGGAAGGGGAAUAAGGCAGAUGGUGGUGUUUUGAACAUGACAGAGCAUGAAUCAUCCUGCUAGUAAUGUAAAUGUGACAGGGACCAGGGCCAAUGACACAUAAAGGUUUGCUGAAUUAUACCCACCUGCCUUUCAAUUUAUACCAACAGAUGUCUGGUCUCUACAGCGAAAUCCUGGACAGGUUGGACAAAGCUAAGAAGAACCUCAUCAUGGAGGAGUAACAGAACCUCCUGACAAUAUCUUAUCCUGAGUGAGGACUGGAAAACUCUCUGUUCCAUCAGUUUGUUAAUGUUGUUACCAUUAUGGUAAAAGGUUCACAAAAUAUUCCAGUUGCUGUUUUGGAGUAUUGUUCCGGAUAAACUGUUCCUGUUUACUGUCAGCCUGGGACCUCCUUUUUGUUACAGAUUAAUAAAGCCAUUACAUCUCCUUAGAGCAGAAUAACAAGCACAUCAAAAUCAUAACUGAGUCACAUAUUUUAUUUUCAAACAAAUAAACUUUUGUCAAGUCCCAAAAUAAAACCCAAACAAAAGUUGCAGGACUAUGUUCCCUCAUGACUAGGACAGGGAAGACCAUGAGGCCAAGUGUCCUGAUAGGCUGUACCACCUGCAGUGACAGGAAGGAAACUACUGUACAAUCAAAGGGUUCAUGUUUGCAAGCACUUACUGCACAGAUGUGCUAUAACAGAAACAUCAUCACCCAAAAGUACAAACAAGAACCCUGACCCCCCCGCCCCCCCAACCCGAAAAAUAAAAGCAUAUAUGUCAUUUCUCUCAUCAGAACAAAGACCCUCAUCAAUUAUACACACACAGAGGCAUUCAGGUUCCAUUUCGUUAUAUAGCACAACCUCAAUGGAAAGAGUAAAAUGAAAUCAAGUUCUUUGGGCUUUGACAUGGCUGACUGAGGUAUGAAUACCACACACAUCGUUAACAGUCAGCUGUAUUUCAACUAAACACCAGAGAGGACCAAUGCUAAACUUCUAAUGAUGUAUUGAUCAUUGCUCCUGGUUUCUGUGAUAAUGUGUAGGUUUCUGCCUGCAUCUCUGUUUAAUUAUUUUUACAAUAUAUCUUUUUAAAUCUAUACACCCAGACACGUUCCACAAGAAAUCACAUGUAGAUAGGCCCUACUUUCAGGAACUGAAUUCCCAACUGACUAGUUAAGUUUUCCAAUAGGCAUUUGAAGAGAAAACCAACAAUACAGCACAUUUGUAUGGAAAUUAUAUCUCAAGAGUUGCUCAGACUUUACUUACCUGACAUUUGUAGUCUAUAAAACAUGUUUGUCGCAGUUUGAUUCACACAUGCAUGAAGCACAGGUGAAGGGGAUCUGCUGGGGGCUUAUUUACAUAGUACAGCUACCGCACCCUUUUAAACAGUCUGCAAGCAGUUUAUAAAUGGCUCUGUUCCCUUCGGUUAUUCCCUGAACUCUGGUUUAGACACAGGUUAUGACAGCUGGUUUAGCAGUGGUGCCUGGCAAGUGGGCACACCUGUUCAGAAAAUGCCUGCAGGUACAGGUGCUCUGUGGGUGGGAGAGAGCAGGGGGACCCAGAGGUCGUGGUUACCAUUUCCUUUUGGGUCUGGCUCUCUUGAGAAGGAAAAAAAAAAAAAGAAGAAAAAAAGAAAAAAACUUCCCUCUCACUUUUCAAAAAGCCGAGAAGGAAAGCACGAAUGUUCACGAUCAG